AUGUAUGCUUAUUAUCAUGAUAACAAUGAUUGUUCAGACCCAAAAAAACCUCAUGAAAAAAGUCCACUUGCCAUUGUUACCAUUGAAGAACUUGCACAUAUUGGUAUUUUAUACUCGUAUAUAGAAGGAGAGGAUUUUCUUGAUAAAAUUAAAAAAAUAUCCAAUUAUAAAAAAGCAAUGGGUGAUUUGUAUGAUAGUAAAAUGAAAGUUUUUUAUGAAGAACAUUUUCAUGAAGGUGAAGAAAUUCGUUAUAUUCUUGAUGGUUCUGGAUAUGUUGAUGUUCGAGAUUUGCACGACAAAUGGAUUCGCAUGGCACUUACUAAAGGAGAUUUGAUUGUUUUUCCUCCGGGAAUUUAUCAUCGUUUCACACCUGACACCAAUGAUUACAUGAAGGCUAUGCGUAAUAUUUUCAUUAAUAUUACAAAUGAUUAA